AUGAACAGUAAAUACAGGGAACAAUAGUAAAUAGAGGACACACCUCUCCUCCACGUCUGAGAAUGAUUCAGGCCACGCGUCUGAUGUGAAACCCAAUAUCAAACCCUAAACCUACUACACCCCACACACCGGAACGAUGAGAAAGAUCAGAAAGAAGGAGAGAGAGAGAGAAAGGUAGCUGGCCAUGUCCCAUGUGUGUGCCGGAACGGCGGCGUUGCCUAUCACUGGUGGUGUGGUGGUGGUUAGAGAGAUUAUCAGUGUGUGGUGGUGUCGGAUUCAGGGUGCGGUUCCGGUGGUGACGGAAUCAGGGUGCGGGUCCGGUGGUGAUUAGCGGCGUAGAGAAGAUGAUAGGGUUCCGGUGAAGGUCCGACAAAGUUACGGUACCACGGGUGUCAGGAUCAACAUGAACAGACGACACCACGGGUGUCGGGAUCUUUGCCGGUGAGAGAUCUGAAUGUUUUAGGGUUCCGACGAAGUCAGCUUAGCUCCGGUGAGAACCUGCUUUCCUGAACCAGAUUAGUGUUUAUGAAAAAGGGGAACGCAUCCGGCAAACGCAAUAGGUUGUGGUGUCAUCUAGAGGGCGGUGUUCAUCAUCAAUCGGUGGUGUUCGAUUGUUUAUUAGGGCAGUGGUAAGUGGAAUUGGUACUAAAGCAAUCGAUUGGUUGUGUUCAAUGGUUUAGUGCAGUGUGCAUCACUGUUGUUUGGUCUCUACAUUCUGAAUUGGUUGCGUGUGAUGUGGAAACAAAAAUGAUGCUUCCAGCAUUUUUCAUGAACAACAUACAGAGAUUGUGCGUUAUAUUUUGGUCUCAACAGCAUUUGUCAUGAACAAGGAGUCAACUGAUCGGAGUUUGACUGAAUCUGAGUUUUCGACAGUACUUUAUGCUAUUCAUGAGGUUGUAAGCAUUAACAAUAAGAUCUGGACGACUUUCAAACCUUUUUACUCAUUUUGACUUGACGCAUUUGAGAUAUAAUACAAUGCAAUUCAGCCAAUCUCGGACGGUGAGCGGAAAAUGUUUAAUUUUGUGCGGGUGAGGCAUCAGCUAUUCUCUUACCAUAAAACUCUCAAAAUCAUGCUCCCAAAGAUAAGUGCAGGUGGUUCUCUAUCUAAUAUAUUAGAUCAGUGUAUGGUAUGUUUUGCCAUAUGUAUGUGACUUUAAAACAUCUCUAAUUUUGUUAUUAAAACCCAAUAUUAAUCCUCUUUGUGCCUCACAGUAUCGCGCCAUGAGACUUGGUUGGGUUGGAUUGUAUUUUCGUGGCUUGCUUCCACCUCUCUUUGAAGGAGGUAACAGUUAUACUGGUCAUAGUAAUUCACCUGUUUACACAAUGCAUAACACUUAUUUGUUAAAUCGUAUCACCAAAUAUAAAAUCAAUGUCGCAUGAUUCUGCUUAGGGGUGCCCCAAUGGUUUAUUAGUGAUGGAAGGGGGGGUUGUUCGACGCUGGGUUUAAGGGCGGUUUGUGGUGGACAUGGUGGUUGGAGAUACGACAGUCACUGGCACCGUUUUCUAUAACCAAUGUAAAGAUGGCCAGUUUGAUGCUCAAGAUUAUCCUCUUGGUGGUGAAGACAUUAGCGACACAAAGAAGACUAGGUGCCCGGACGUGUGAAGUAAAAAACUUUUGUGAUCUACGUAUAAACGGAAGAUUAUGUAAAUGUUAAAACUGUACUUCUAUAAUUCUCUAAUAUGUCACGUAUAAGUAAAAUGUUCAAACCGUGAACGAUUCGGCUUAGCGCGCUGCAACGCAAGCGUGGGUAUAAACCUAGUUAUUUGUAAAGAAAAAAAACUGUUCGAGUAUAUCGAAAGAUUUUUAUUAUUUGUAAAGAAAAAAAAACUGUUCGAGUAUAUCGAAAGAUUUUUAUCUCAACAAUAUUCGGUGUGUUUGACAUUAUUAGAAAUAUUAAUAAAAUAACUAGACGGUUCAGAUAAUAUAUUACAAAGGAAGUCACGUGGAUCUAAUUUAAAAAGUUUAUUAUUAAGUAUCCGGACAUAUUUUAUUAUAAAUUUUUUGUAUAUUUCUAUGCUUCACGUCCGGACCAAUAGUCAAUAGACAAGCGCGGGAAGAUUCAAAUUCAACCCCAUCAUAAAAAUACAUAAAUAUUUUCUAGUGAAAUGACAAUAUUGACCUUUUUAAUCAAAUAGUUUAUAACAUUUGUAUUUACCCGUUAUUUUAAGAGGAAAAAUAAAAGCAAAAUCCCUUAAAACUAAAGCAAUUUCACAUUUUCACAUUAAAAUCUAAUAAUAGUUAAAUAUUUGUUUAAUAUAAUAAAGUAGUAUCAAAUAUCAAUUCUGAGCACUUUACCCAUAAAACACAAUUAAUGAUAAUAUCAUAUAGUGAUCAUAUCAUAUCAUACAGUCAAGGUAUUAUACAAAGAAAAAAAUUACAAUUAAUAAUAUAGUCAUCGUAUGAUUCUGCUUUUCUCUUUACAGUUUUGUUUUUUUUUUUUUUUAAAUCGAGAAACAAAAGAUCUUUUUAUUUUUUUAAAUUGGAAAAAAACAAAAGCUUUUACAAAUGAUUGAUAUAACCAGAAAACUUGUUAAGUUACAUCAAAACAGAAGGUAGACGGGCAACAAGCUGCGCCGCCAACCCUUUCUGAAUUGCAAACCCCAACCUCCCGAACACAAACCCCUGCCCCCUUGGGGUCGAACAAUUGCUGUGGAUAACCCGUUGAACCCUCGUCAAGAAGUUGAUGGCUUCUGGCGCUAGGGAGCCAAAAGUAUCAAAGGCAAAAGGGAUAAAGACAUGUUGGUUCUCUACACAAGCUUUAGCGUGCUUAUAACCUAAAUUCUUAUAUAAUUAAAUUCUAAUAAGUUAUAUCAAAAGUACAAAAAUAAGUUAACUUGAUAUUACAAUUUCUUUUGUUAGAUUAAUAUACUAUUAUUCAUUUUUUUAAAAUUACAUAAAAUCCUACAACUCUAUUUUAAUAUAUGAUGUCAUCUUAUUACAAAAUUAAACGGCCAUUUUUUUUUUUUUAUUUAAAAUGAAAACUCAAAAUACAAUUUGAGGGGGAAACACUUGGAUCCAAUCAGAGUGGCACGAAAUCCAGUGUGCCGAUUUAUACAUUCAAGAAAAUCCAGACCCUUGAUCCAAAAUUGCCUCCACAAUCACUUGGUAUUCCAAAUUUUUAAUCUUUUUUUUGUCAAGAUUCAAAUUAGGUGAACAUUGCUGCAGCUAAAAGUUUCAAAAUUUCAAACCCACAAAGUUUAUCAAAUGGGAAGAAGUUUAAGCCCUAUGCUUAAGCAAGAACUGGAGAAUCUCGAUAAAGACGCUGAUAGUCGGAAAUCAGCCAUGAAAGCAAUAAAAUCAUAUGUCAAAGAUUUAGAUUCAAAGGCAAUCCCAAUCUUUCUCGCUCAAGUUUCCGAGACUAAAGAAACCGGAUUAACAUCAGGCGAAUACACAAUCUCAUUAUACGAAGUUCUUGCACGUGUUCAUGGCACAAAAAUCGUACCCCAAAUUGACAAUAUCAUGUCCACCAUCAUCAAAAACUUGACGUCGAGUGUAGCCUCUUUCGCGCUUCAUCAAGCUUGUUCGAAGGUGGUCCCCGCUAUUGCUAGAUACGCGAUGGACCCUAUGACCCCUGAUGACAAGAAAAGGCGAAUCAUUCACUCUCUUUGUAAACCCCUUUCGGAUUCUCUUUUAUCUACCCAUGAGAAUUUAUCAUCCGGUGCAGCUUUAUGUUUAAAGGCUCUUGUGGACUCGGAUAACUGGCGGUUUGCUUCGAGUCAAAUGGUCAACGAGGUGUGUCAAAGAGUUGUCGGGACUUUAGAGAAACCCAUGAUGACAAGUUCACAUAUGGGGUUAGUUAUGUCUCUCGCAAAACAUAACGGUUUAGUAGUCGAGGCGUAUGCAAGGCUGUUAGUUUUAUCUGGUAUCAAGAUCUUGAAUAUGUCGUUUUCAGAUGGGAUUUCGCAGAAACGAUUGAUGACUAUUCAAAUGAUUAAUUUUCUAAUGAAAAGUUUGGAUUAUAAAUGUAUAAUCUCAGAACUUAGUUUAAUAAUCGAGGAAAUGAAAAGGUGUGACGAUGAUCAAAUGGCGUAUGUUAAAGGAGCCGCCUUUGAAGCAACACAAACCGCCAGAAGAAUUUUGACAGAAAAGGGGUCAAAAUAUGAGAACAGAAGCGGUCAAAGGGGUCUCACUGCAUCGAAUGAAUCACAAACCAUGGGUUCCUUUGAUGGGUAUGGUUCUAUCGUCGAUUCACCGUAUUCAGUUAGUGUUUUAUCUCAAGAAGGCUCUGACAGAAGUGUAAACCGAAAGCUUUGGAGGUAUGAAAAUGGCGGUGAGGAUGUUUCGUUCAGAAACAAAUUAUUUUCGGGUGAGAAUUCUACUCCUAGAAGCGUAAUCGAAAACUCUGAGCGUAAAAGUCAUUACGCAAAUGAAUAUUCUGAAGAUCAAGGCGAGUAUGCAAACGGGUUUUCAGGAUUCUCGCAGAAAAGUGAUUCAAGAAGUCAAACUCCUAGUCCUCAGAGAUCUGGAUUGUAUAUAAAUCUCGACAAUGUUAAGAAUUUCACGACUCCAAAAACGCUUGUGAAGUCUUUUCAAGCUUCAAAUGCAGUACAUGCUGACUUCUUAGAGAACCAGAGUCAAAGAGUCGAAAGCCCGCAAAGUCAAAGUUCCAAAAGCCCCUUGUUGGGGAAAUUUGAUCUGAACUCCACAUCAAAGUCCGAUAAAAACGGGUUCUUGUGUGAUCUUAGUGACGGGUUUGUUCAAGAUGAUCAGUUUUAUGAUACUUCGGAAUCAGUGUCUUCAACUGAAGACAUUUGCCAAGGACUUGAUCCUGAAACUAAAGCAAGAAGUCGGUUUUCUGGUUUGAGAAUUCUUUGUGGUCUCAUUGUUGUGCUUGCAAUCAUUGUAUGUUUCUUGUUGGUAGGAGAUGCAGAUGAAGGUCACAAUCUUGUUCCUACUUGAGUUUGGUCUUUUGUUGUACUUUGGUUGAAAGUCAAAAUCUGAAUGUUGACUUUGUAUCAUUGAGAGACAUGAAUUUGAACUUUAUUAGUUGGUAUGUGUUGUUUUUUACAAAG